CCUCAUCCCGACUCGCUGGUGGAUACCGGUACACGGUUUGUUCAUCAAUACCUAGUCAAGGAAAGACAUGCCCGCAGUCUUGAGGCUUGUAGCCCAGUCUUGAACCGCCCCUCCAUCCCCAUCCACUUCUACACCGCCGACUACAGCUUUUGCUCUGCCGUUGCAGCAGCAGUUGCUCGCUCCCGUCCUCCGUGGGCUCACACCCUCUACCUGGAACUGCUCGUCCAGACAACUCAGGUUCCGCCUUGGAUUCUGCGAACAGGAGACCACCAAAACCACUGGAAAAAUGGCUCUUGGUCUUCAACCUCCACCUCCCGAGAACUGGGAACGCUGGCCUCAGCACCAUCCUACCAGCGCCGAUUAUCACAUGAUGGACACGGGUCUGCUGCCGUACGAGGCCCGGCCGGUAACCACGGCGCCUUUGCAACGACCCGUGCUGGCUCCGCAUUUCGUUCCUGGAACCUCUUACAAUCUCUCUUCGAUGAUGACCCCCGUGGCUUCUGCUCCCUACCAGGCGGCCGUAUCCUACAGUGGUUAUGUCUCUUACAGUCCUGCGUCAGCUCUGGAUGCGUCUUUCAAGUCCCAACAGUGUCUAGAUCGCCCGCAACCGCCUGGCAUGCACGACGAGUCCAGACUCCACAAUCCCCAAGAUGGAUGGCUUUCAGACGAUAGAAGCCCGAGUCCGUCCAUCAAGAGCGAAGCUCAGAUGUCUACAUCGGCUAGGUCGAUCAACUCGGACACCUCAACAACAACUGUAUCGACCGGCUCCAAGACGAUAGUGCCCAACGUGCGGGUGAACGGCGCUCCUGUGCAUGAGUUCCACACGCCUGUGGAUAAGCUGAUGAGGGCCAUUCAAGGCCUGAUGGGAGGCGACAAAUCAUCGACGGACCAGGCGGAGGCGAGUGAUUCGCAACAGACAGCCCAAGGAAAGCAGGCAAAGCCAAGACGCAGGAGGUUUUGCUGUGAUAUUCCUGGUUGCACCAAGACUUUUGCGCAAAAGAACAAUCUUGACACGCAUCGCAGAGCCCAUACUGGGGAGUGCCCUUAUAUCUGCAAAUUCUGUGGGGAGGGCUUUACUCAGGGUGUCAACUUUAAGUCACAUAUCCAUCGUCAUAUGGGAAAGAAGCCCUACAAAUGUCCUCAGUGCGGAAAGGCUUUCCCGCAGAAGGGAAAUGUCACGCAACACAUGAAAACACACGACAGGAGUGAGAUAUGGGUCUGCAAGUUGAAUAACUGCGGCAAGACAUUCACCACGCGCGGCAACCUAAAGCCUCAUCAAAACAAAUUUCACCAGGACACGAUAGACGCAUUCUUCGCCAAAUUUGCCACGGUUACUGACGUGAGCGAACUGUCUGAGGAGGACAAGGAGAUGGCCAAGUACUUGUGCGAUCUGUAUCCCCACGCCAAUAAGGGGAUCAAGGGGCGUGGGAAGGGGCGCAAGGUUAAGCGUCUGGUGUUGCCAUGCCCACAGCCAGAGCUUGGUCCUGCCGCGGACUCAGCCAGCAGCAACGCUGCCCACGCCCCCUAUCCGAUGCCGUUGCCCCACGCGCUUCCGCUGAUGCAGAUGCAAACACCACAGCCGACGCACCAUCCACACUCGUUCCCUGGCUUGAGCAACCCAGCGGCGUACAGCAUAACCAGGUCGAACAUGGUCGGUGUCGGCGCUCGAGGACCACAUGCCGGCUAUGGCAUGAUGACAUCGGAGGAGACAAGCGUGGUAGCCAACGGCCAGGUCUCCCCGUCAAGCCUAGCCCUCUACGAGGAGGACCACGGGCGGGAGCUUGCCUUUGGAGAUCGGAUGUACUGAACGCAUGUCAGACCCAUACGCCUUCUUUCCUCACUCUGAUUUUUCCUUGGCUGGCUUUUCUCUAAUUUCCCACGAAAAGCGCUAUCCGUUUUUGAUCUUUUCUCCUAAAUAUACAG